AUGCCCAAGCAUCUAGAGAACUUUCCUUUACAUCCAGAACGAAACGAAAUCCGUCUCCUCACUAUCUUACCCAGCACAAAGGCUGAAUCCAUAAUCAGGUGCUCUCUCGAGUCUGUAUCACUGGAUAAUAGCCCUGAGUUCGAGGCUAUUUCGUAUGUCUGGGGAGAUGCCUCAAAGAAGACAGAUAUAAUCAUCGAUGAUACCCUCUUUUACGUGACACGGAGUGUGGAUAAGACACUUCGCCUCCUUCGCCUUAAGGACCGGCAACGAGUGGUAUGGAUCGACUUUGUCUGCAUCAACCAGGAUGAUGUCCCUGAAAAGAACACACAAGUCCCAUUACUUGGGCGUGUUUAUGAGAGCGCGUCUGCGGUUAUUGCUAUGAUGGUGAAUAGUAACAUGGAUCUACGUGCUGCCAUUUCCUGGACAAAGGCAUGCGAGCCGGGCCGGGUCACUCGGGAAACACUUGCAUGGCGCGUUCUAGACACACUGAGCAAAUACUGCCAGAAAGCUCGAGUUCAAAGGGCGAGGCGACUGGUCAAUGUGUACGAUCAGUUGCGGCUCAUCAGGGAUGACCCUUACUGGGCACGCAUGUGGACAUACCAGGAAUACCAGCUGGCCAGAAACGAUCCAGUUUGCAUGAGUGGAUCGCUCACAUUUAAUCCUAAUCAAAUGAUCUUUUUCGCCAGUGACAGUCUUAGGCAGGCAUACUGGAGUGAUCAGGAAUUUCAGCAAUCAUUUAAAAGAAGGUACCGCCCGACGGAGUUGUUCAGGAAGCUCUCGGAUUCUUAUCAGCCACUUGAACGAUUCAACUAUGAAAAUGCCCUGUAUCAUCUUCGCAAGACAUUGCAUCGACAGUGCAAAGAUCCCCGAGACAGAGUAUACGCAUUGUACAGUUUGCUUCCUUCUCUACAAGCCAAGUACCCCCCGGACUACAAUAAACCAGUUGAGCAGAUCAUGCACGAAACAACAGCAUUUAUCAUGACACAGGAAGGGCCCGAUGCUCUAAACUUCUUUGAACCCCAGGAAUACAAUGUUUCAUCUGGUUGCUCAUCUUCUUAUCCUUCCUGGGUUCUCGAUUUGGGUUGUGCCACGGAGUCUCUGGGUAACCUUAUUGGUGACUACCGCUGGUGCUCGGACGCCUGGAAGCCAUUACCAAUGAUCACAAACGAGCUGUCCACUAUGACAAUUGCUGCUCGUCGCAUCGGCUCCUGCUUCCCAGUUGUACAGUUGGCUUCCAAAAUGGCAGAUAUCAUCGAUCAAUUUGUUAGUGUCACAGAUGUACGCUAUGACAUCUGGGGGAGCUUAGAUUCCAGACGUCUUAGUCUCGUGCAUGCGUGCCUGGCUUAUUCUCAUCUUCACGCCACAUUUGAGCAAGAUUCAAGCGCCAAAACAACGGAGACAUUCGAUCUUCUCCAUAAGAUUGACAUACGUCGCGCAAGCAACCCGUGGUGGAAGGAGCUCUAUGAUCCGAUAGUUGAAGGGUUCGGAAUUAGCGGACCUAAUGUGCAGCAAGGAGACGUGGCAGUGAUGGCUUCUGGAGUGCCGGUGCCGCUUAUACUUCGCCCUUAUCGGGAAGACAACGAGCUCUAUUAUCGCCUAGUGGAUAGAGCCUACAUUCCUUUGAUGUCCCAAAUUGCUGUAUUACGCCGCAGGUUUGACGGUGCUCGGUUCUUAGAACGUCCACCUCAGGUAUUUUCUUUACGAUAGAUCAUCUCAGUAUCGCAGCUGUAUAUCCUAUAUGGGAUGAACUUCGGGGCUAUGUCAAUAUGAUGUGAUGAUCACCUGCCCCUCUGGAGGCUAGCGAUAUUCAUUUUAUUGACCC